UGCUUGGGGGAGGGGCAGAGCAGUCAGCAACGCAAGCCAGACAGUGAGAUAAGAGUGUGCCUAGCUAUAUUCAACAGCCUUUCAUCUGCAAUUGUGAGACUUGCCACUCACAUAAUGACUCUGUGACAGGGAAUUGACAAGUUCAAUUUCAGACUGCUACCAUCAUCUUACAAUGAGCCCCACAAUGCCUUGGGCAUCCUGUUUACAAAGUGACUGCAUCUGAAAAAAAAUGUGAGAGGUUGGUACUAAGAAGUGCCUUUCCUGACGUCUGCUGCUUGGAACCGCUUCUAGAGCAGUGUCUGCUUUUGCCUUGCUUGCUGCCAGCUAGACUGCGACGACAUCACAUCACCUUUCGCCUCUAGUCCAGACAGCCCCAUCUCUACCUAAAAUCAAGUGAAAAGUCCUCAGUAUCAGGCAUUCCCUUCUGCUGCUUUACUAUUAGAAAAAAUUAGAAAGACAACUUUGUUGAACGUAAACUAUCUUCUGACAGAAAAAAAAAAAAAAAAAAAUCAAGGAAACAAAUUCAAUUCCCUUCUCAGAUACUGCUGUAUACUGCUGCAUCUGUCUAUGCCAAACUAAUAAAUACCAGUCACUCCACAAUAUUUGAGUGCCAUUUCAGCUGUGUGGAUUAUUAUAUUUCAAUAAACUUUUCUGAAAGCAGCUGGAAAAGAGUGUCAGCAAAGGGUUUGCCACACUUUCCUGCUUGCGUUUGGGCUACGAUUGGCUUUUGGAAUGGGUUACUGAGCACAAAGCUCAGCCCAUACUUGUGUAGUAUUUCGCUGCUGUAUGACUGUAGCAUUGCUUUAAAUACCAGUCUCUUUCAGCUAACAAUUUCAUGCCAUUGCAUUGUCAGUGUGGGAUCUUGAAGCUUUAACAGCAUAAACUAUCAUGAACAUUUCACAGUAGAGUUUAAAGCAUAUUUUAGAAAGGAAGGCUGUAGGACUGACAAAGCAGCCACAGACUGACUUUUGCUAUUUCCUGUCUAACAUUUGGUUAUCUGUAAAUAAAACAUGGCUGUUAGUGUCACACCAAUGCGGGACACAAAGUGGCUUACACUGGAAGUGUGUAGAGAGUUCCAGAGGGGGACCUGUUCACGGCCAGACUCAGAAUGCAAGUUUGCACAUCCAGCAAAAAGUUGCCAAGUAGAAAAUGGACGAGUAAUUGCCUGCUUUGAUUCCUUAAAAGGUCGCUGUUCAAGGGAAAACUGCAAGUAUCUCCAUCCACCACCGCAUUUAAAAACGCAGCUGGAAAUAAAUGGACGGAAUAACCUGAUUCAGCAAAAGAACAUGGCCAUGUUGGCCCAACAGAUGCAGAUAGCCAAUGCCAUAAUACCAGGAGCACAGUUACAACCCAUGCCAAUGUUUUCUGUUACACCCAGCAUAGCCACAAAUGCAACUGCAGCCUUCAACCCUUACUUGGGGCCUGUUUCUCCAAGUCUAGUCCCUGCAGAAAUCCUGCCAUCUGCUCCAGUGCUGGUCACAGGGAACCCUGCAGUGCCCGUACAAACAGCAGCGGCUGCAGCUGCUGCACAGAAGUUGAUGAGGACCGAUAGACUUGAGGUAUGUCGGGAGUAUCAACGUGGGAACUGUAACAGGGGAGAAAAUGAUUGUCGCUUUGCUCAUCCUGCCGACAGUACAAUGAUUGAUAACAAUGACAACACAGUUACUGUGUGCAUGGAUUAUAUAAAAGGCCGAUGCUCACGGGACAAGUGCAAAUACUUUCACCCACCUGCACAUCUGCAAGCAAAGAUAAAGGCAGCACAAUACCAAGUGAACCAGGCUGCAGCUGCACAGGCCGCAGCUACAGCAGCCGUCAUGACUCAGUCGGCUGUCAAAUCACUGAAGCGACCCCUCGAGGCAACCUUUGACCUGGGUAUCCCACAAGCCGUAUUCCCUCCUUUACCAAAGAGACCUGCACUUGAGAAGACCAACGGUGCUGCUGCCGCUGCCACAGCUGUCUUCAAUGCUGGCGUGUUUCAGUACCAACAAGCACUAGCCAACCUGCAGUUACAGCAGCAAGCUGCAUUUUUACCACCAGGCUCAAUAUUGUGCAUGACACCCGCUACAAGUGUUGUUCCCAUGAUGCACGGUGCUACGCCCGUCACUGUUUCUGCAGCAACAACAUCUGCCACAAGUGUUCCUUUCGCUGCUGCAACAGCCACAGCCAACCAGAUUCCCAUAAUAUCUGCAGACCAUCUGACUAGCCACAAGUAUGUUACACAGAUGUAAAACUUUCUUCAAUAAACAAUCACAUUCAAAAAAGAGAGAUAGUGUACUGACACAAGUCACUGUACCUGACAAGAUCUUUAGCCAUGGUGUGCGUUAUGACAUCCAGCAGGAAUUUCCUCUGCAUUAUGACAUACUUAGGUACAAAGUCAGCUAGAAAAAUUCGAAGUCUUCAACACAGAAAUGCUAACUCAAAUUGAAAGGUUUAUUAAAGCUGCUGAGGUGCACUUGUUAAUCCAGUAUGUAACAUUAUCUGUCUUUUUUGUAGCACACUGUAAUGUAUAGAUUUAUUUAUACAGAAGCAUAUAGCACCCAUUUCUUCAUGAUAUAUUUACACUGAAAGGACAGACUGUGAUGUAAUCAUUAAUAUAAUAUGUAUUGGUACGUAUGUAGACCAAGAAAUACUUUUUUGUAAGGAACUUCAUUUUUUCAAGGUUUACAAAUAACAAAGGUGCACCUUGUAUUUAAAGUUGCCAUUUUAGAUAAAGUUGUGCAUGCCUAGUGAUUUUUGUUUCAAAGGUAAUAUUUUAAUGCAAAAGAUUGUAAGAGGAUGUUUAGUAGGUAUAUGACAGAGAUGAAUGUGCCAAGCAAAAAACACAGCUGUGUAUAUGUUAAAGCACAUCAUGGUUUUCAUUGCCAUGUUGGUAUACAUACACAUGAAGUGCCAUAGACUGUACAAUAUUGGAGUAUUAUUCCUGCAGUGUUAUUUCUUUCUUUUUUUAUUUUAAUGUGUUUUUGCUUACUGCUAAUGCUAAUUACUCAAAGGGCACCAUUAUAAUUUCAAAGCCAAAGUUAUCUCAGAAAUGGUACUUUUCAUAGCACCUUCUGUCAAAGAAGGAAGAACAUAAAGUUUUACUCUUGGGUCUUAAUUCAGUUAAGUUCUUUGUAUGUAACAUGGGCCAGACAUGCAUAAAGUUAAGGUGAAAAUGGAACACUCACAACUACCAUCAUUUGUUGUGAUUUGUUAAAUCAUUACAUGUAGGUUUUGAAAGAUGUUUGAUGGGAAAAAAUGCUGCAUCAUAUGAACCAUCUUUAACAGCUAUAAUUGUAUAAAAAUAAGAGAUACGGUAAAAAUCAACUGCUGAAUUUUUAAGACAUUUUAUAUUACAAUAGUUUUGUAACUGUAUUAACAUGCAAACUAGAUAACUUAACUAGCAUCAAGGGGGCAAAAUUAUUAGCUGCAACAACCUGGGAUGUAAUGGGAAGUGUACAUUUUUAUAUGAAAUAAAUGUGUGUCAGUAAUGUAAUCAGGUUAGAACACUGACGCAUGUUCCACUGAAAGUUUUUUCUUCUUUCAAUAAAAAGAUCAGAAUAAAA